AUGGAGCCCUACCUCGGCGCCUGCUCCAAGGCUCCUAGCGUCACCGCCACCAAGACAGCCACCAGCAGCCUGGAAGCGGGCAGCCAGAAGUGCGGAGAUGGUGCCCACAAAACCCACUUUCCUGGGGUCGGAGCGUCUCAAUUACUGGAUCUGCCUCUUGGGGUCAAGCUGCCUAUGAUCCCAGGAAGCAAUACUUUAUACUAUACUACGAAGUUAAGUGAAAAGCUUUUUCAACCUUAUAAUUUUAACCUGACUGAUCCUUAUUGCCGACUUAUGGAAAACCAAUAUAAAAGUCUCCAUGAUCCACAUUUAAGAGCAUACUAUAAGUGCAAAGAUAUCCUGAUGAGAGUAAAGAAAGGUGGCUACAUCACCAGCAAUAACAAAAUUGUAUGUAACUUGCGGGAAUUGAAUAAGUACAGACAAUAUCUUACCAGUUUAAAUUUAGACUUUGAAAGAAACUAUAUAAAAGAACAAAAAAUGCUUGCAAAACAAGUAAAUAAACUACAAGAAGACAGUCAAAUACCUGGACAUUCUGAUGUCACACAGUUCCAAAACUGGUUAUUACAGGAGGACACCCAAUCUGUUAAGGACCAGGAACGAUUAAUAAGGCACAGAUAUUUGGAAAUGAUAAGUAGGGAAUUAGAACAACGUGAGCGCACAGCCGAGGAGCAGUACCUAUUGCGGAUGGAUAGAGAAGAAAGACGACAGCGGGAAGAUACAAGAAGAAAACUUUGUCUUCGUAGAAAAAUUGAAGAGGAAUGGAAGACAAAAGAGAUGUUACUUCUGACAAAGAUUGGAGAAGACGUUAAAAGAGAAGCUAGGAUAGAGGAACAACGGCGUAGAAGCAGAGAAGAGAGUGACAGGAAGAAACAAGCCUUUCUAGAGAAAAAAAUGGCGUAUCAUUUACAAAAAAUGCAAGACAAUGGCUUUAAAAGAGAAGAGAUGGGAAAAAAUACAUUUGAUUAUAGAGGACAAAAUGGAACACAUUAUGAAUCUGCUUCUCCAAAGAAGAAAAAGAAGGUGCAUGAUGAUAUAAAGACAAUUUAUCCUUUUAGUGACCAGAAAACAAGCAAAGGAGGACAUGAACCUAAAGCAAAUGCUACUCAUCAAUUUCUAAGUAGUUCAAAGAAUGGCAAAAACUCAGCAGCUCCAGUUGUUUUUCAGUCAGAUGCACAACAUAAUAGUACUGAAGAAAAGAAAUAUGGAGUGAUAAAUAAAAAACCGAGUACUGACGAAAGAGGAGCUAUGUACAUCUCAGCUAAAGAUUCAAUUAUACCAGCUCAAACUUCACCCACAAGAAAUAUUCCCAGAUCUUCACCGUCACAUUUUGGUCCUACAAAGCAUGAGAAGGAGCUAAAGGCUGUUCGUAGUGAAAGACAAAACAAAAGAUCAAACCACAUCUGUGAAUCAGGACUUCAGGCUCCUGCCACAGCCCAGGGAAUUUUCCCUUCUCAUAUUUUCUCAAAUACACAACAGAAUCUUCUACAAAAUUGCUUGCAAAAAAAAGUAACGUCUGAAGAACUAAAUAGUAUAAUUCAGAAUAUAAUGACUUGGGUUGUGGCUACAGUGACCAGUAUAUUAUAUCCAGCCAUCACAAAGUAUGAAGAAAGGUUGCGAAAUAAUGCAUACACAGUGUCUGAUGAGUCUGCCCUCUCUUCAGAUAGUUCAAGUUUCUGUAGCACAUGCAGUGAAGAGUUUACAUAUAGAAGCUAUACAUCUGCAACAACUAAAACAUUUCAGAGAGAACCCUGUGAAUUUGCAGUUGACAGAUCAGUGAGGCGACCAACCUCACCUUUAAAACCACCUUCUGCACAUGUGGGAAGAGCAGUUGGAAAUACAUAUCACAUAAAAGGACAAUCUAUAACAUCUGGACUCAAAAAGAAUAAAACCAGCAUGAUAUAUGCAUACCCUAAGCUAAGAAGUUGUAAAUCUGAUAGUCACCUUUUAGCGUCAUUUGAAACAGGCACAAAAAAAUCUAAGGAUGCUACCACUGAAACAGACAGCUUACAGAGUGUACAAUUUUCUGAUCAAAAAGCAAAAGCCAUGAGUGAAAUAAAGAAUUUAAAGAAUAUUUUUGUUAAUUUUAAAUGUCACUUAAAAGCAAAAACUGAAUUAAUUUUAGAAAGAAUUUUUAAAGAAAUAAUGUCUGACUUAACACAGGCCAUUCCAUCUAUCUCUUCUAUUACUGCUGAAGUGUUUGUUGAUCAAAGCGAGCCUGAUAAAACAGGUUUGCUCUCCAAUGCUGAUAUCUCCUCAGUUGCUUCAGAGAUUGUGGAAAAUAUGCUUGAGAAGCUCCAGUCUGCAGUUGAGAAAAAAUGUUUUGAGAUGUUUUUACAAGAAGAUUUGUCAGUCGACAUAAAACCAAGCUUAACACCCAGUGGAGAAUAUCUCACUCCAUCAAAUGGAAAACCUUUAGAAGCUUCACUACCUUCACUGCGUAUGAAACCCAUGUGUGAUAUUGCAGAGGAUAUGGUGCAUGCCAUUUUACAAAAGUUUAUGACUCUUGCAUCUUGUAAGCAAGAUGAACUUCCUCAUCUCGGAGAGCCAACUAAACUUUCCUAUCAGCAACAUAUGACAAACCAAACAUGUACGUUUCUUAAAAAAGCUGACAAAAAGAAAUGUAGUCUUGAAACUGAUGAAGCCAAUGUAACUCAUAAAGAAGAAAUACAAAACUUAAUAUCAAAUAUUUGUUCACAGUCCUCUCUGGUUGGCUAUAUAGAGGAAGCAGUCAGUGCUAUACUAGGGUACAUACACACUGAACUUAAUAGUGAGAGGCUUAUUGCCUCUGAAGAAACGGUAGUACUCCUUCAGCUACUCAAUGAUAUCUUCACUCAGCUGCACCAGAAGCCAUUACAAGCAGAUGGUAAAAAAUGUAGACGCUCUAGACUGAGUAAUUUUUCUGACCCUGAAGGAAAGUACAGAAUAACUGGCACUAGGUUACCCAGCGGUCCUAGGUCUAGAAAACCAUUUCCACCUGUCAAUGUUCCUGGCAUGGUCCUUUAUUCUGAAGAUGAUAAUGAAGAAAUAGACAAAAUUGUGGAAAAUGUGCUUGAUUCAUCUUUUAAAGAAGAAAAAGCAAAAUCACAAAAACAGAAUCCUGAGGAUUGGUUUACAAAAGGAAAGACUUGUUUUGAAUACAAAAGAAAUAGCAGAUCACCCACAAAGCCUGCCUCUCCAAGAAGCAAAGUUGCGUUUUAUGAUGGGGGAUUAAACACUGAGUUACCAUGUUUUAAUAAUCAAGACAUUUUAAAGGAAAAGCCGUGUCUGAAAGAAGAUGUCAUGAUUUUCAGCCAAGAUCAAAAGCAUAAAAUGCAAAAGGCUUCACAAAACAUAGUUAAAAGUAUUUUAACAGAAAUGUUCAAGGGCAUAUCUUCCAUUCCUCCAGGUCACUUAGGCAGUAAAACUGGGAAAGAAGCUUCAGGUCUUGUUUCAGAAAAACCUCAAGGACUGUCACAUCAAGAAUGGAUGGAACAGAUGUUCUCUGCGUCAGAAAUUCAUACAGUGGCCCAAGAAAUAACAGAUGCUGUGCUAAAUAUACUCCUUAAGGCAUCCAGCUGCAUGCCCAGUAUCACCAAAAGCCCCAGUUCUUCAUCAGUUCAUCAAACUUCUCUAGAUACUUCUGAUAUACCCCACAUGGCCAAGGAAGCACCAAAUAAAAAGUCAUUAAAAAUAUGGUUUGACAGUGAAAAGAAAAUGAAAUAUUUAUCUUCACUUGACUUACCUCCUACAAAACCAUCCCUGUUAAAAUCUGAAGAAAGUGAACUUAAACCUAUAGAUGAUCUUACUGAUAAGAUCAUUAACACAGUUUUUAAAAGGCUGAAGUUACUCAUUUAUCCAAAAUUGCAAAUAGGCUCCAAAUCUCCACUUGCAGAGCAAUCUUCCCUACAAUCUCAGCUUAGUACAUACACAACUAAAGUGGUAAACAUUGUUUUGCAUGCUAUCCAGGAUGAAUUGGAACUUGAUAAGAAAAACCACACCAAAUCCCCCGAAGGAUUCUUUGCUGACACCGAUAAAUUAGAAUCUCUUGUCUCAAGUCUUGAUGAUGAUAUUAUGACAUCUCCAUUAUUAACUUGCAUUUGUGAAAUACUAUCAAGUGGACAUCCAGAUCAAAGCAGUAUUUCACUCCCUUCAGAUAAGUCAAGGCCUUCAGCUUCAUAUGGCUCUGACAAUGGUGGAAAACAAAACACUUUGCCAAAUAGGCAGGACAAAAAAUCUUUUCACCAAUAUUUGGCUACUCCAUGUGCUCUCCAUAGUGUCUGUAACGGAAAAGAUCUCACAGAGAAGAUGAGAUUGCAAAUAGUAGAUAGGAUUGGGGAAACACUAUCUGAAAUGUUACUUAAGCUCCUAGGAGCUCAUCCUGACUGUCAGCGUUCUUGUAGUAAGCUAAACAGAAAGACGAAGAACGAGAAUCAGCAAAGGGCUACUGAAUUGCAGUCUAAUAUUCAGCUCGUUUCCAAAACAAUUUUGGAAUAUAUCCUUACAAAAUUAUGUAAUAUUGACAUGGAUACCAGUUUCACAAGUUCUGGAAUUAAAGCUGUCUCAGAAGCUCCUGAUAUUGACAGCCUAUCAUUUGCUUCGAUUAUUGAGGAAAUUGCCAAAUGCACGGACAUAAUCUCCAGCAUAGUUUCCAGGAUGAUGGGUCAGAAGAGUAAUGAAGAAGGGAGUAAAACUAAGGUAAAAACUACUGCUCCUGUGUCUUCCAAAACAGGGAGGACAAAAGAAAUACAGUCAAAUAAACUGAAAUCUGUGGCUUCAGAUAUUCUUAAUAUGGUUUUUGCCAAACUGGAAGGAUUUGCCAAUGGAAAUUUAGAAACUCUGGAUUCUAUUAGUGAUGGAAAUAAAAAUAGCAGUAAGAUGGACUUAAAAUGUGAAAGUGCCAAUGUUUUCACAGACACACAUGAAGAACUACUGCAGUCUACUUUAUACAAGCAUGCAAAGAAGGUAUCAAGUAGUAUUUUAAAAGCUAUUCAAACUGAAUUAAAUAUGAACUCAGAUAUGAAGACAAGUAUAAAAACUCCACCACGUGAGAAUCAAAUGCUUACGAAUAUAGUCAAUUUAAUUUUAGAAGCAAUAUCCCAAGGUAUGUUUAAUGAAACUGAAUGUGAAGAGAGAGGCAUUGAAAAUUAUCGAUACAGGCCAACCUAUGGAAAUUUCCUUCCUGGAGGAGCUGAAUCAGAUUCAUUUCUAGAAGAUGCUGAACAUACAGAGAAAGAAUUCACCAGAGAGAGAACAUCACUAAGAGAAGAAACUAAAUCAGAUUCGCUUAAACAAUGGGUUCUAGAAAGAACCUUAAACAAAAUUGAAGUGAAACUCAAAGAACCACAGAAGUCUCCGAUUGUUCCCAUCAUAAGAAAUAUUUUGAACGAAAUUUUUCAAGGUGCUUUGGUCAGUCAAUUAAAUGUGCUUUCUCUCUCCCACUCUCCUUUAAAUAACAUUCUUCACAAUGUUGAUGAGCCAAUCGCUCAAACAUCUCAAUUUUUAGAUAAAACGACGGGCCCUUUAGUGUCUGAAGCAGAUGUAACCAUAGUGUCAGAUGAUGUUGUUAGAAUUGUAUUUCAUAAACUUUAUUCAGCUGCCAUGACAGAGAGAAAUGCAAGUAAAAACAAGUAUAAAACCAUCACCUUUUUAACCAAUGUUUCUUUUCAUGAACACACCUAUGGAGAAAAGUCCUCUGUUACUAUGCUGGACAAGAAUCCAUGUACUGUUCAGUCCAGAUUCAAUGCUGACAAACAGGCCAACGUAAAUGUAGUUGAAGAUAUUGUACAGUCAAUAUUAACAAAUCUAGAAACUUUUACUGCUCACAAAGUAAAAUCCCUUUUUUGUCCCCAAAUCAACUUCACAGUUCCAAUGGCUUUACCUGUUCAGCAGGAUAAAAAUACAUUAAGCAAAACAUUACCAGCUGAAGAUUCAUGUUCUGAUGAUCGAUUUUCUUGCUACUCAGUGGAUCAUAUUACAUCAGAAAAGACCAACUCAUGUCAACUCUCUUUAAAUAAAUUAAAUACAUAUGCAACAGAAGUGGCCAGCAAAAUUCUACAAGCAAUCAAACAUGAGUUAGAUAAAGAAAGGGAAAGUCCUUUUGUAACUCAUAACAUUGUGGUUUCUGAAGGUAUUGCAAGUCAAAUUGUUACCACAGUAUUAGAUAUUGUAUCGUCUAAAGGCAAAUGUGACAGAAACAAUUGUGACAAAGAGACAAAUUCAGAUCAGCAAGAAGGUAUUAUUGAAAAGAUGUUUAGUAAGACUGAAUAUCGAAAAGUACUUCAGUUUCAAAUACAAGAUACCAUUGAAGGUAUCUUAUGUGAUAUUUAUGAAAAAACAUUGUAUCAAAAUAAUCUCUCAUUUGCCACACCCACUCUGAAAUGCAGCAUAACUGAUAAACAGUCUGGAGCAAAUUCUGAAAUGUACAUUGAAGGUGCAAAUAAGAUUAUUCCAAAAUUUUCAGUUCCUAAAUCAGAUGCCAUUUUGAUAUCCAAUGAUAUAGUGGAUAUCGUUCUUCAUAAUCUCAGAUCUGCUGUCAUGCUUGGCAUAAAUACAGAGGACCCUACUUCUGCAAGAUUGCCCCUUACCUUUUGUGAUAUGUUUUCACAAGCAGUGUGUCAACGGCCUCCUCUCAUGGAGUCGAAAAGUGAAAGAAAAACAGAGUGUUUUCCAUCUUCAAAAAAUCUGAAAUCAGCUUAUGCUGAUGAUAGUCAGAUAACUGUAGUGGAGAAAGAGUACACCAAGAAAUCUGCUCCUGACCCAUUUGAGGAAAAUGCUAACUUCAUUACUAAAACUAUUUUUAAUCGGUUAGAAUCUUUUGCCACAGAAAGAAUAGAUUCGUUAAUUACGUUAGCUUUCCAGCCUAAAGAAAAGUUGUUUGUUUGCCCGGAACUGGAAAAUCAUCAACAAGAUGACAGCAUCUUUCAUGAAUCAAGUCAAAUGCAAUCAAAUGUGAGGGUUCUGAAAAUACCAACUGAAAAUAUUCUCAGCCAAGAGCCUACAGGUUACACUUUUGCCAGUUACAGAGGAAAACUUGGAUCCACAAUUCAUCUAUCACAAACUAGUCUCAAGGAAUAUGCUGACAUCAUUGCCAGUGUCGUUUUGAAGCUUAUUAAAAAUGACAUAGACCUAGAAAUCCAAAAGGUGUAUCCGUAUCAAAACAAUAUUUUAUUCCAAGAAAACAUCAUUGUGAGUGAAACUGUCAAUAGUAUUUUAAAGAUUUUGUGUGAUAAAAAAUCUGUAAAAGAAAUUAGUUUUUACUCAGAAGAUAUUCCUAACUCAUUUUCACAAUUAACUGUAUCAAAUGAAAUACUGCCGGGGCAAAUAGAGCAGGAGGAAAACACCAAAGUCUCUCUGUUUUCCAAGAAUCCGUUAGAACAAAACCAAACAACACCGGAAAAGGAAAGCCAGAGAAUUGUUUUGGAAGACAUAUUUAUGAGAAAUGGAGAAUCAAAACAAAAAAGAAAAACUGCACUACUCAGUGCAGUGGAAGAAGUUUUAAAUAAAGUAUAUCAAAGAAUAAUGGAGAUCAUAGGCCAUUUGCCUCCAUUUAAUGAAAUCCCCUACUUUGUAUAUAAUUCUAAAAUUAAAACACCAGACAUAACACAAAAAAACUUUCUUCAAUCACAUAUUAACAACGUAGCAAAUGACAUAGUUGAAAGUGUUUUGGAAAAAAUGUACUCUGUAGUUGUGACAUGCUUAUGUGAAAGUAAUAAUAAAGAUGAAGCCUCUGACAACAAUGAUACCUUACCCAAGAAACCAUCAUUUCUUUCAGCCAGGGAAACUAAACAAGCAGGAAAACGAAGUACGUCCUCUAGAUAUGUGAUACCACAGGUGUAUCCUUAUGCAGACAAAAAAAAUGUCUCUCUAUUAGAAAACAAUGUUCUGCAAUAUUCAUCACUGCAAGUAGCAAAGGAUUUAGUCGAACUGGUUCUCAGUAAGAUCACAAAUUUUGCUUCAUUUCAUCUAGAAGAGACCUCUUCCGCUGAAGGUUGUUCUGAUGAGUUGCAAUCUCUAAGGCUACACAGGUUUAAAGAUAGCCCUAAGGGCAGCCCUCAGCCAGGUUUUAAAACAAGUUUAAAAGCAAGAUCAAAAGUUACUCCUUUGCCUAAAUUUAGAACAAAAUCAUAUCUAGGACCUAGUGGUGCUAAGGCCAAAAGCAAGACCAAGUUAAAUCCUGUAGAGAAGACUCCAAAAGACAGCCAGUCCAAGACGGCCAGUGAGCUGCCACAUAUCCUGUCAACAGGAGAUGCACAAGUCUUACUGGAAACAAAAUUGCCCCCUUCAGAAUUAAAAAUAUAUGCUAAGGAUGUAGUAAGUAAUAUCCUGGAAACAAUUGUGAAAGAAUUUGAAAAGGUGAAGCAAACUAGAGCAAUGGUAAAGGUGAAAGCUUUACCAUCCGAUCAAAUCAUGGCAGCAAAUGAAAUAGUCACUACAGUUUUGCAAGGAUUAUAUGCUAUAAGUAAUCACAAUUUGGCUUAUGGGAUCAAAUUCUCACAUCUGGAUGGUCACAAACUGUCACAGGGGAAUACAGGUACAGGUUCUCUUGCCAAAACACAAGGAUGCUUUUACUUGGAAAAUGUUUCUUCACAGCUAGAACAGAUUUUUCCGAAAGACGGUAUAUUUAAAAAAAUAUUUGACAAAUGGCAAGCAGAAACAAAUGACAUGGAAAGUGAAAAAUGUGAGCUACGGAUGAUAGCUGAAAAUGUUUUGACCAAAAUUUCAAUGAAAGCAAAAGAAUUAGGAUAUUCUCUUUCAUUUUUAAAUUCGCCACAUCUUGAGGGCUGUGAAAACAGGUUCCAUAAUAGUUUUAAAGAAAUCUCUACUAGAAGUGAAGAUACCAAAGCACAAAUUAAUAUGUUUGGAAAGGAAAUUAUUGAAAUGCUAUUUGAAAAAUUACAGCUGUGCUUUUUGUCCCAGAUGCCUACCCCAGAUAGUAAAGAAACUCUAGCAAGGAGGAAACAACACGUUGCUACUAAAAGUAAAUACAGUUUUCCAACCAAGGAUAUCCUCAGCAGUGUGCCAAUCUAUAACAUGAAGACAAAAGACCAUAUGUCUUUGGGCUCUAGCAAGCAAAUUGUUCGAGAAAUUGUAGAAAGAAUUUUUAAAAUGUUCGAGUCAUUUGUAGACGUGCAGUUUAAACAUAUCUCUAAAUACGAGUUUUCUGAAAUCGUGAAAAUGCCUAUAGAAAAUGUUUUUUCUGUCCAGCAGAGACUAUUAAGCAAAACAAUGUUGCCAAAAUUACAACCACUGAAAAUGUUUUCUGAUGAAUCCAAGUCAAGUACUAUUUUUUCCAAGGAAAAUACACAGAAUGCUAUUCUACGGAUUCAUUCAUUCCAUUCAGAUUUACAUACAUAUGCUGUUAAUAUCGUCAGUGACAUGCUUGGUAUAAUUAAGAGCAAGAUAGACAAAGAAAUAAGCCAAGUAGAGCCAUCUUCAAUUAGCAUAUUGAACGAGAACAUUGUAGCCAGUGAGAUCAUUGGCACACUAAUAGACCAGUGUACUUAUUUCAAUGAGUCUCUGAUCAAAAACCUUCCAAUGGACAGUUCAUUCCAAGGAGUGGAAAAUAUCUACAUUGUUAAUCAGGUUGAAUUAGCAACGGAUAUGAAAAUGCCAAUGUCAAAGGAAGUUAGUUUGGGAAAUAAUCCUCCACAAAUCAGUGUACCUGGUUUGGUGUUUUAUUCCAUAGAAGAUGUGAAAAAAAGAUACAGGGCUUCAUCAAAUGUAUCCUCAUAUGCCAGAGACACAAUUAAAAGCACAGAGUCAAUGGAAAGACCUGAUUCAGAAAAUACACCGCUAUGUCCUAGAAACAAAGUGAAAGACUACAGCCCAACGGAAUCUAACUUCAGCCAUUUUGAUCAAGCCAUGGAAGGACAUAGCUCCCAUCCUGCAGGCAGUGUCUUACAAAAACUGAUUAAGAAAGCAAAUGAAUCCACACAAGAAGAAUUAAAGCAAGUUUUGUCAUUCAUAGAAAUGGGAAAAGGUGAAAAUCCAAGUGUGUUUCAUUAUGAGACCCUAAAACCAGUUGUUGAGCCAGACCUAACUCAGACAACUGUUUCUCCACUCAAAAUAUGUUUAGCUGCAGAAAAUAUUGUCAAUACUGUGUUGUCAAGCUAUGGUUUCCCAAGUCAACCACACAUAAAUGAAAGCGUUGAAACAAUGAAACCAUUUUUCAUAUCAAGGCAAAACCCUACAGGACAAGAGAAGGAAGAGAAACGUUUGCUGGGAAUGUGUGAUAAAAGAAUCAGCUGUAUACCUGAAGAGGAAGAAAAACCUGAAGUCAGCAGGGGAGAUUGUUUUCUAUUGCAAAAAUGGGAAAAUAAGAGGUACCCAAAGAUAAAGGCUCUGAAGGAACUUGAAGUCAUUGCUUUUGCUGAUUAUGAACUGGGUCCAAAUGAAAUUAAUUUGGUAGCAAGACAUGUAACUACAUGUGUGAUCAUACAUUUCAAGAAUUUCAAAACUAGAGUUCCCAAUGAGGAGAAGGCAUCUAUUGUUUCUACAGUGUCAAAGAAAAAAUACAAAUCAAAACAGCCUCUAAGAAGCAUAUACAAUGAUUCCUCGCUUUAUCAAUUUUGUGACCAUCUCACUGAGUCGGUCAUUUGCCAUUUAAUUUCAAGCAUUUCUGAUAGCACCAACGAUGGCAGAGGAAAGGAUAAAGCAAGGGAAAACCAAAAUGCAGCAUUUAACAAGAUAAUUUCAAUUGAUUCUCAAGUGUUUGAGAACAGGUCAAUUGCUAUUGGAGAACUUGCUUUAAGAAUUUCUGAGACCAUUACUGAGAUCCUUUUCAAUGGUAACAUUAUAGAACCUGAUAUUACACAGCAAAUGUUGUCUUUAAAAACACAGUACAUUUACUGCCCAGGAGUAGCUGCUGCUGAUUUUGAUAAUCUCUUUCAGGAUCUCUUAAUAGGAGUGAUUCAUGUACUGUCACAAGAAAUAGGAAUAGCUCAUCACCUUGAAAGCAAUAGAAAAAAUACAUCAUUUCCCAUGCUUAGAAGCAAUAGUGUGCCCAUUUGCAACAAAACAAACACCAUGGAAAGACAGAUAGGUUGCCGAGAUUUGGAAUCAUCUACUCACCAAAUUGAUCAUCUGAUUCAAAAAAAUAAAUUACAUUAUCUGGCAUAUAAAUUAGACAAUCUGGUUGGUAGCCUACAAACUUGUGAAUCCAAAGAAGUAGUCAAUAAAGUUUUUAAUAUUGUUUUAGAUUUAUUUUUACCAGAUGAACACCCACGUGAGGCUAUGGAUUCUGAUCAAAAAGCAAGAACAUUCUUCUCAUUCUCAAAUGAUCAGCGAAGUAAUAGCGUACUUGGAAAGAACUUAGGGCUCACCCCAAAAUCAGUUUUUCUUCUCAAUAUUGUGUGUGAGAAACUUAUUACAACACUUUUGGAAAAAUUCACAAACACUCUCUUUCUUGAUAACGGCCCUCUUUCUGAUGAAAUAUCAGCAGAAGAACAUCAUCUUUUAAAAAUGUUUCAAAGUGUGAAAGAUAAAGAAUUUAAUUAUUGUAAGGGAGAGAUGGACUGUGAACAAUUGCAAGGAGAUUGUAUGUCAGACCUUGUGGAAAAUCUGGCAGAAAUGGAUCAAGAUUUACUGUCAUCAGACUCUCUGCUUACUAUUAUUUCCCACAGCCUAGUUAAAUCAUUGAUGGACAAACUAUGUCACAGCAUGCAGCUCUCCCAGAGUCCACCUUUUGCAAACAAUCAGUUAAAAUAUAGGACAAGAGAAAUGCAGUCUAGUUUCUUAAAAUCAAAAAGGCCAGAAUUAGCAGAAUUAAGACAAGGUUUUUCAGGAUACAUGAGUUAUGACAGCAACAACUUGACAGGAUCCCUGAAAAAUCCCAGUGUGAUCAGCUCCAAAAUACAAGCACCAUUUGGCAAGAAGUGUUCAGUAAAUUGCUCUUCUGUGUCAACUCUUGAAAGACAGAGAACAAAGGAUAUGGAUACAAUAGCCAUCCAUAAUAAGCUAUAUAUGGGAGCUAUUGAUACAGGUGUUUAUUCAGCUACAUUUUUGGAGGAAAUCAUUUCAGAACUGUUUUUUAAUCUCUCUACUUCACUGUGGGGCAAAAAUGAAAACGUUAUUGAGGCCCAACUUAAUGAGAUGAAUACAUUAUUUGUCAACAAUGUAGUGAAUGAGUUUAAUAACGCACAAGUCACUGUUCUACGGAAUGCUGAAGAAAGGCUGUGUUUUCCACCAGUCCAUAAAGAAACUGUUAGUAGGAUUGUUGACUCCAUUUAUUAUGAUGUUUUUCAGAACUAUAAAUUAAAAGUGUUCUGUGGUGGUAAUCUGGCACUUGACACUACCUCAAUAACACAACAAAUAACUAAUGGCAUAUUGUUAGAGAUUUUAGACUACCAACUCCCACCUUGCUUCAGGGCAAAGCUCACACCUAAUUCAUACUAUCCUCUCGAAGCUGAAAUUAUAUUGCGGAAACUUCAAAAUAAGCUGAGAGAAUUUACUUCCAAACCCAAGUCUCCAACAGGCUAUAGCACCAUGUUAUCACACUCAUUUUUAGAAGACAUCAUCAGAAGACUUUUAUCUCAACUCAUUUCUCCACCCAAUAAGGCUUGUUCUUUGGGAAAAAAAUAUUUUAUGAGUUCAGAUUUUAAUGAAAUGUCUACCUGUAUAGUAAAUAAGGUUAUAUCCGCCAUUUCAAAACAUAAAAUUUGUUUCACUAUAUAUGAUAAUCAGCAUCUACAUACAGAAAAAAACCUCCAGAAGAUGGUAGAUUCUGUGUAUGGUAAUAUUAUGCAAACUUCUGAAUCUCCUGUUUCAAUACAGAAAAGUAUAGUCAGCCGAAAACCAAUUAUGAUUGACCGAAUAGCCAGUUUUAUUAUCCAGGAGAUUAUUGAAAAUCACCUUCAACCAUUUUUGUGUGAAGAAGGUUUGCCUCACCCCAAUACUCCAUUGGAUGCAAUGUCGAACAUGGUUCACCAGGUUCCCAGUGAAGUCACAGAGGCACACAGACACCACACAGCAUUACCCUUAGGUAUUUACCGUGAUACAUAUGUAAGGGAAAUUGUUGCCAGACUUUUAUCAAAGAUUUUCAGUUCAAAGCACAACACUGAAAUUGAGCUGGAAAACAUGACACAAAAAAUAGUAAACUCAAUAAAUAACUACUUUGACAAAGCUAAAAUUCACAUUCUAUGUGAUGACAAAGAGCAAUCUUACUCUUCUGUUGAUACAGACAUUAUGGACGAACUCAUCACCUCAGUUUGCAGAAAUGUUUUAAAACAGCAUGGGCUGGACCCUGAGUUUGAUAAAGAGUCUGAAGACAGUGAUAUUUUUGUAGAAAAAAUUACCAAUUUAAUUGUAGCUGCUAUUUCAGAUUACCUUCUACAUCCACUGUUUUCUGGAGAUGGGACAUCUUCUUAUUCUAUUUCCACAGCUGAGAAUAUUGUUCAGGAUGUUAUUAGUAACAUCAGUAAAUCUACCAAGCCAAGUCAGAGUUUGUCUCCUUAUAAAACCUUGCUGCCAUACACAUUUUUAGAAGACAUGAUCAGAGUAUUAUUAUCUAGAAUCUUUUCUUCUGCAUCUAACUUUGUUCCAGACAGAGAAACUCUAAAAGACAGAUCAAGAGUGAAUUUCAAUGAAAUUGCUUCAGAUAUAAUCACUGAUAUUAGGAUGAAAAUUUGUCAACAUAAAAUUCGAUUUUCAAAAGAUGAAGAAGAAACCAAGUUUGUUUAUUCAGAGGAUGAUGUUCAACAUCUCGUUGACUCAGUAUUCAAAAAUAUUUUACAAAACUCUGAGUCUCAAGAAUCAGUUGAGCAAAAUAUCACAAGCAGUAAUGAUGUUCUUAUUGAGAGAUUUGCAGGUUUUAUCAUUAAACAUAUCUGUCAACAACAUCUUCAGCCAUUUGUGGAUGGAAAGUCAUUGCCUUCUUCAUACACAUCUCUUGACAAUGAGAGAAGGCAGUGGUUUUAUGCCAGUGUUUAUUCUUCAACUCUUUUGGAAGAUGUGGUCUCUGGGGUAUUAAGUAAAGUAUUCCACAGGGUGUUAGGCAUUGUACAAACAAAAUCAGUAAGAGAUUCAGAAGAUGAACUGUUCGAUAAAGCUGAAAAUCUCAUACAUUUGAUAGCAGAGGAAUUCUCAAAAGCCCAAGUUACGAUUUUAGAGAAUGCCGAGGAACAAUUGUGUUUGCCUCCAGUGGAGAGAGAUGUAGUGAAAAACAUUAUUGACAUGGUGUACAGCAAAUUUUUGCAAGAAUAUGAAAUGGAAAUUAUGCCCAAUAAUGAUUUUCUAAAUGAUUUAAAGACACUGGCUGCACGGAUAACUAAAAUCAUCUUGGCUGAAACUUUUGAUUUCCAAAUUCAUCCAAAUCUUAUAGGAAAGCUUCCUUUUAAGUCACACUCCAAACUAAAUACUAAUGUUUUAACAAAGAGAGUUCAAUGUGCCAUUACUAAAUCAAGAUCCCAAAGACAGGUGUCAACAAUGUAUACUACUAAGUUAUCACAUACUCAUAUAGAAAAAAUCAUCACUCAGCUUAUAUCUCAGAUGAACCCACUGGCCUCCAGUGCAGAAUGCCCAGAUACUUCUCAAUCAGACUUAAGCAACACAGUCAUAACACUGAUAAAUGAAAUCAUGUCAAUAAUUUCAAAACACGCAAUAUGUAUUAUGAAACAUGGCAAUGAAAAACAAAGUAUGAUUUCAGAAAAAGAUAUGCAGUCUAUGGUUGAUUCCAUUUACGCUGAUCUUUCAUAUUCAAAUCUAUACCAGUCUCUUACAAAAGAUAAAAAAGGUAUAAGUAACAUACCUGUUUCAAAAAUAGCAAGUUUUAUAAUAAAAGAAAUAUUUAACCAUCAUCUUCAGUCCUUUUUAUCUGGAGAUAAAACUUCCCUUUCAGCUGUAGUUGAUCAAAAUUAUAAACAGAAGGCAAAAGAUCCUAAACAAAGAGAGUUGUCUUUCAUUGUAAACUCGGCUGUCUUUUUGGAGGAAGUAAUUUCUGAGCUUUUAUGUAAACUCCUUUAUGCAUUCUCACAUAAUGUCUUAGCUGCUGAAAAUCCAGAUACAGUAAAAGCCAAAAUUACUGGCAUUGUUACAGCAUUAGUAAAAUCAAUUGUUCUGGAGUUCACCACAUCAGAGAUUUUAGUUGCAGAUUACAUUGAUGAUGAUGUGUGUUUUACAGAAGGGUAUAAAGAAAUGGUUCAAAAAAUGGUCAACCUAAUUUAUGAAAAAAUAUUAGAUGAAUAUGAAUCUCUGAUUCAAGUAUAUAGGGCUAUACAAAGUGACACUGUUUGUUUUGGAAGGAAAAUAUAUCAUUUGCUAUUAGAAGAAAUAUAUGAUUACCAGGUGCAAUCGUUAGUUUCAGGAGAAUUAGUGUUUUCUUCCUAUUCGUACCCUCAAGCUGAUAAAAUCAUCAGAAAUGUGCUCAAUGUCAUCAUGAAAGAUAGUCACACCUUGCCAUCAUGUAUUACUGUGCUGCCUCAUUCUCUUUUAGAAGAUAUCAUUAACAAGCUUCUAGUGCAUAUCUUCCCUUCAGCUGACACUGAAAGUGAACUUAAAGAGGAAGAGGCUUUACCAGAUUAUGAGUUUAUGAAUACAGUUUCAAAACUGACUGAUGAAAUUAUCAAAGAAAUUUCUGAACAUGAAAUCCGCCUUGCCACAGCAGAGGAGAAUGCAGAAAGUAUGCAAUUAGAAAUGAUUGAGAAAUUGGUUGACUCUAUAUGUAAUAAUAUUUUUAAAAAAUCUGAAUUUCAAGCUGACAUGCAAAAAGAUGCAGGCAAAAUAGGAGGCUCAUUCCUUAGUAAAAUAGCUGGUUUCAUUAUGAAGGAAAUCAUGGAUCAUCAUCUGCAGCCAUUUUUACAUGGUGAAGAAUCAUCUUCCAAGGAUUAUGACCAUGUCUCUAUACUUACUAAACCUGAUAAAGAAAAGACACAGACUUCUCUAUAUUCAGCUAGAUUUUUGGAAGAUGUAAUUGUUGACCUCGUUCACAAAUUUUAUUCUCUUCCAAGUAUUACUGAAGAUUCUAAGAAAAAAAUGCCAGGGACAGAUGUUGUGGACUUGGCUAUAAAAUUUGCAAACUCUCUGAUAAGAGAAUUUAGGAAAAAUGAAAUUAGAGUUUUACCAAAUGCUGAAGGAAUGUGUUCUUUUCCAGCAGUUGGUAAAGAGUCAGUUGAUAAGAUAUCCAAUUUUGUGUACGAUCAGUUUAUAGCAAAGUACAAAUCUAAUGAAAUGCAGACGGAUGAUAAAAGUAACAUUGUAAUAGAAAUGAUUGCUGCUUUAGCCCAGAAGGCAAUCUCUGCUUUCAAGAUUCAACCACUUUUUUCAGGAGACUGGUCUUCCACUUUCUUUUCAUUUCUAAAUCCAGAUAACAUCACCCAAAGGAUUCAACACCUACCACAGAAAACCUCUACAGAGAUAAACAGAUGCUUAAAAGGAAACCAAGUUACUUUACCAGAACAAUCAUAUAAACACACUUCUCUAACCCUUGACUGGAAAAACUUGUUGGGCACUUUGGAAAUAGAUAGAGGUAAAAUGAACAGAAAGAAAAGUUUCCAAACUGAGACAUCAAUUAAAAAGGGCAAAGUCCAAGAUCCAGAAGUUACUUCUAUAACUGGAAUUAUGAAAUACAACACAGUUAACCUGUUAUCAGGGUCAGCUGCAGGUGUGGCAAAUAAAAAGAAAGAGAAUGAAAAUAAAAUGGGAAAUACAAUUCAAAUCAAUAAUGAGAAUGUAUCAAAAGUUACUUCUCCAACUACUAGUGUGAAAAGUAAAGAUACUCAGAAGCCAGAUUUGAGGGUAACACUUAAAAAUAAUGAAAUUGAGAAGAAAAGCAAAUUAGCUUCAAAAGAAGAAGAGAGGCAAGGUAAUGAGAUACACACACAAAUUCCAGUAGCUACUGAUGAUGCAGAAGAUGAAGAAGAAACACCUGGACCAGACUUUGAAAUAAACAAUGAGAAGAAGAUUGACAAAACAAGAGAAAAUUCAUUUGAAAAAGAAGACAAUUCCAUUCAAUUAUCUUCUUUGACAUCUAAAGUGAGAAAUACAGGGACCACAACAGAUAAAACUGAGAAAAGAGUAACCCGAAAGCCAAACAUUGAGGAGACAAAAGAACCUCCACCUCUAGUAGAUAUAAAUGAACAAUACCCAGAUUAUGAAAAUGUUCAAAACAUCACUGAAAAUAUUUAUGACAAUAUCUUAGGUUAUUCUCAAGAAUCAUCAAUUUAUUCAAAUCUCCAAAGUCCCUCAAGUGAUACGGCAUUUAAUGUAAUUCAAGAGGUUGGUAAGGAUUUUGCAAAGUCUGUUACAACAAAGUAUCCGUCCCUCUCAAUUAACAAAAAUCUCCCUGCCAAAGAGAAGAAAGAAGAAAAAGAGACAGAAAAAGAAAGAGAGAGAGAGAGAGAGAAUAAAAGAGAGAAACAGAGAGAAAGAGAGGAAAAACAAGAGACAGAGAAAGUGAAAGUUAAGGGGAUUAAAAAUGAACCUAGUAAACUGGACCAUCCUCAGUACCCACCAAAAAGUAAACCUGGAAUUUUUCCUGCUAAAUUUUUAGAAGAUGUUAUCACUGAAAUGGUUAACAAAUUAAUCUUUUCUACCUCACCAGAAACACAAACAUAUGAUAGAUACCAAAAUGUAAGUGAUGACGAAAAUCAAGCUGAACUCUAUGACACAGCUAUGAAACUUACUGAUUCACUGUUAAAGGAGUUUUCAAAGGCUCAAAUUAAGGUAUUUAGGCCAGAUAAGGAAAAUCAGUUUUUUCCACCUGUAGAUAAAGACUCAUCAAUUCCUAACGUACCUCCCAGGCAUAAAGAAUCAACUACAGAUGAAGCAUCACCUAGCAUUAAGAAAAUAACUGUGGAUAAAAUGUCACAUAUGCAUAAAGUGACUAAAAAAUCCUCUCUAAAUAAGAUACCUUUCUUAGAUAAAAUACCAGCAAUCAAUAAAACAUUGGUUAACAAAGUUGUUCACUCCUCUCUAUGCAAUAUUUUGAAGGAAUAUAGAUCUCAAGACUCCAUUUGUAAGAACAUCAAGAGUAAUGGGGAAAAUUUAGCAAGAAGACUAACUAGUGCAGUGAUAAAUGAAAUUUUUCAACAUCGGCUUAAUUUGCUAUUUUCUGAUGAGGUUCCAGCUUCAGCAUGUUUGCCUCUGGAAUCUAAGAAUGUUGUUAUAAAGGUCCAAAAGGUGGCUCAAACAGCCAGCAAAGGAUGUCAAACAUCAUCACCAUAUACUAUUAUGCUGCCUCAUGAGUUUUUAGAGAAUGUGAUUUCUGCUCUUUUAUCCAAAAUUUUCUCAACAGUAUCCAAAAACAAAGCAGAAACAGCUGAAAGUAAGUGGCUCACAGAGCUGGAUUUCCUUCAAAUGAAGUUAUUAAGUACAGUCACAACAGAGAUCUCCAAAGAUAAAGAUUUGAUUAUUCAGUAUGUGGAAUCCUUACAUCCCAAUGAUGAUGAAAUUAGUCAAUUAGUGGCUCAUUCUAUUUACAAUAAUCUUUUUUCACAGUUUGGAACACAGGAGGUUAUACAAAAUUGUGUAGCCAGCGGAUGUGUAAUCGUUUCAAAAACCAUUGUGGACUUAGUUCUCCGAGAGGUGGCUGGCAAUCAGUUACAGAACUAUUUUUCUGGAGAGCUAACUCCACAUCAGUGUGCAGAAGUUGACAGUGUUGUUGAAAAUAUUCUUAGAGAUGUUAUCCAAACUAUCGGUGCUCCCCAGCCUCAACCAUCACAUGCUCAUCUACUGCCUUAUAACAUAAUAGAAGAAACUGCUGUGAAAUUUUUAUCAAAGCUUUUAUCUAUGUUUCCAAAAGUGGAUAAAGAAAGUACCAAUUCUCUAGAAACUGAAAUGCAAAAAAUAACCUCAAAAAUAUUAAAUUCAAUACAAGAAUUUAUCUCCAGAAGUAAAAUUAAACUGAUACCGCCAGCCAAGAAAUUGUCUGCUAUAUCUUUAGCUGAUAAUGAAAGUAUUGAUAAAAUAGUUAAUUCUGUUUACACCAGUGUUUUAAAGCACUCUGGCUCACAUACUUGUAUAUUCAAAGAUUUAAUGGGUAAGAGCAAUGUCCUCUCUGAUAUAAUAGGUUUUUUAAUGGUGAAGGAACUUUCCAAUUCUGAAUUUAAACUUCAAGUAAAUGAAGAAGUGUCAAGUUCAGAAUUAGUUCUGGAAGCUGUCAAAAUUAUGGAAAAAGUGGUCAAAAUUGUUGAUGAAUUUAAGUCCCCGAAAAAGUUUUCAUCCAAAAAACAUUUUAUGUUAGAUGCCAUAAUUUUGGAGGAAGCAUUGGCCUUGUUCUUGGCUAAACUAGUACAGUUGCCAAGUGCCUCAAGCAAAGAUGGAAAAAACUUAUCAAAACCUGAGUUAAAUAAAAUUGCAUCUCAACUGACAAAAUCUGUGACAGCUGAAAUUUCCAAAAGUAAUAUUAGUCUUGUUGCUACUGAUCCUGAAGAACAGCUUUUAAAUCCAGAAAGUAUAGAAAUGAUUUCUCAGGUUAUUGAUUCUGUUUAUAGUAAUGUACUGCAACAAUCGGGAACCCAUGAAGACCUUUAUUAUGAUAUAAAAGGUACAAACAGAGUCUUCCCUAAAAAAGUGGCUAGUUUAAUUGUUAAUGGAGUUUCAAGUUUUCCGUUAGAUGCAGAUGACUCAAAGUAUUCAAAUGUUGAUCUCUUUGGAGAUCUAGACCUUGAUAGAAUUGUUCAAAAGGCACAAGAGCAUGCUGUUCAAAUGAUCCCUGAUGGAGAGAAAGAAGAAUCAGAUCAAGAUUUAGUUGGAGAAAUGCCAAUUAAAAUAGUUCCACAUGUUGGGAAUAAACCAAUCAAAGUAGACCCAGACAUUAUUUCAGAACAUUUAGCAGUGAUUUCUAUAAAAACUCAACCUCUUGAGGAACUUAAGAGGCAGUGUUUAAGAAAAACUGGACACAGUAUCGCAGAAGUAAGAAGAGCGUCAAUAAAAGGGAAAAGUUACUCCUUAUCAUACACAUCUAAUGUAGGAAAGAGAAAAGAAAGACGGACAUCGUUGAAUACGACGGGACGACUGGAUAUAAAACCCUUAGAGGUUGUUUGCAGAAAUUCAUUUCAGAAUGUAAGAAAGCCUGAUAUCAUGAAGGUGGAGCUUUUAAAAGAUGUUCAGAGCAAAAAAGAUCUUGUCAUCCGAUUAGUUGCUCAUGAUAUUGAAGCAGAAUCACGAAAUAACAUAGAUAAGGGACUAAUGUUUGAGGAAGAUGAAGUUGUUCUAGGAGACGUUGUACCAGAAUACUUGACAGAUCAAGUGAAAGCAACCAUAAAGCCAAUAGGAAGCACAGAUGUUUCUCCCAAGCCAACAGCAAGCACAAAGAGUCUGAAAAAGUUUUUGUCACUAAGCAAAUGCUGUCAGACCACAUCCAGUACAAAUAUUGAAAGUAUCGAAGCAACUUCAAAUCGCAUAAAAGAACCUAAGGAGGAAGAAGUUAAAAAAGCUGUUGCUGACCUUGACAUGGCCACCUGUUCAACAAUCACACCAGUAACAGACUCUUCUUGGGAGAAAAAGCUAUCACAUAAGAAAGAAGAACUAAAUGUUAUUACUGAACCAACACAUUACUUCAUACACAGAAUGAUGAGUUCAUCUUCAUACAACCAAGAAGAUCUGACUUCAUCUGCCGGUGAGCCCGAAGGUUGUACCCCAGAUACACAUGCUACAAUAUUAGAAGAAAGUUCUCAGGAACAAAAGCCAGACUAUUCAGACAGUAUUAAGGUUACCAACAUCUUUGAAGGAAACAAGAAUAUUCGUGGUGGUGCAAAUACCUCAAAAGAAGCCAUUUCAGAAACUCCCAUACCCAGUAUUUCCCAAAAAGGAUCUAAAAUGCUGGCAAAGGUAUCUUCAGUUCUAUCAAUGGUAUUUCCUCGAACUAACAGCAAUAUUUCCAAAUCUUCGUCACCACCUCACCAGGAAGAGCACUGA